AUGAAAUCAGUUUGGCAUGAUCCUAAUGAUGAGCUUCGAACUCCGGUUCCAAGUUGUCCAAACUGCAGAAGGAAAGAGGCUCAGAAGUCGAACAAGGAGAGAGAAUUGAGGUCACCAACAAGUAAUAGAACUGCAAAAGAGAGGAAAUCACGAGGAGAAUCGGGAGCUUUCGAGACGAGAAGGAAAUGCAGGUAUGUUUCUCCGGUUGGUGCGAGAAAUCCCGGCCUGAAAACGAUUGAGGAAGAAGGACUCAACUUGGAAAACAGUGAAGAACACUCCGAAGAAAACACGGGUUUUCAUUGUAAAGUUAUGAAAGAGCUGAAGAUGAAAGAGGUGAAGUCAAGGAAUGAGAAACAAAGGAAGUCUGUGUAUUUAAGCAGAGAAGAGCAGCAGAGGAAGAGAACAAAGCAGAUUAACAAAGCAAGAGCUUAUUCUCCGAGAACCGCCUCGAGGCUUGAAGUAUGCAAGGUUAAGGCUCUUGAGGACAUGAAGAAAGCCAAGUUGAAGAUGAAGAGGAAGAAGAAGAAGAAGGAGGUCAAGGAGAGAGGAACAGUUGAGCAGUCAAAGACAGGGUUGGACAGCUUUGCAGUGGUGAAGAGUUCAUUUGACCCUCAAAAAGACUUCAAAGAUUCAAUGGUUGAAAUGAUUGUGGAGAAGAAGAUGAGCAAGCCGGAGGAGCUCGAAGAACUCUUGGCUUGUUAUCUGACAUUGAAUUCUGAUGAAUACCAUGAUAUGAUCAUCAAGGUGUUCAGACAGGUAUGGUUUGAGUUGGGUCAGUCUUGUUUUAGUUCUGAAUUACAGAACGAACAAAUUUCUAGCGACUAAUUAAUUUAUGUUUUAGUUGAUUAUAUAAGCAACAUGAAAUCAACAUUGUAUAUAGGUACU